AUGAUUCGUAUUGCAUCCUCUUCUUACUUACAAUUUGUUGCUUCUGCAAACCCAGCAUUCCAAACCUCAUCUCGACGCCUCUCGACGACUGGAGUUGAUUGUAAAAUCAAAAGAGGGAAAUCAGAUCGACGAGUGAUUCAUGCGAAGAAGAUAACGAAGAAAACUGAUUCAUUACCAUUUGUGCUGGGAGAGGGGUUCAUGACGGGGAAGAUUAUUCUUCAGAAUGCGUUGACACAUCCACCACCGAAUGGGUUGGCCACGAGAGAUGGAGGAGGCGGAGGAAGAGGAGAGAAAGUUCAGAUUUUGUAUCCAAAAGAAAUUGUUGAACAUCUCAACAAAUAUGUCGUUGGACAAGAAGAGGCGAAGAAGUGUCUCGCAGUGGCCGUCUAUCAACAUUACAGAAGAGUUGAGAACAAUUUGAGAGUCACUGAGCAAUGGAUGUUGUCUGAAGCCGUUGCAGCCGCCAAGGAACGGAAAAUCUUCCGAAAACAGAAUCCAGAAAUCGAAGAAGAAUACAUUCCAGAAUACAUUGAGAAAUCUCAACGACAAAUCCUUAAAGAUCUCGAGAAACGACAAGAUAUUCUCUUGGAAAAAUCGAAUAUGAUUCUCCUCGGAGCAUCUGGAACUGGGAAAACGUACAUGACACAGAAACUGGCAGAAGUUUUAGAUGUUCCAAUUGUGAUUUGUGAUUGUACAACACUGACUCAAGCAGGAUAUGUUGGAGAUGAUGUGGAUACCGUCAUUCAGAAAUUGUUGGCCGAGGCGAGAGGAGAUAUUGAAAGAUGUCAACGAGGGAUUGUGUUCUUGGAUGAAUUCGAUAAGAUUUACACGUCAUCGGAUCCUCUUCAUACUUCUGGAAAUCGGGAUGUCAGUGGAAAAGGUGUGCAACAAGCCCUACUAAAACUGGUGGAAGGAAGUCUUGUCAAAGUAAGAGAUCCACUCUCCCCAAACUCGAAAGUCACAAUUGACACUACUAACAUUCUAUUCGUCUCAUCCGGUGCAUUCUCGAAUAUUGAGCAUAUAAUUGCGAGGAGAAUGGAUAAAAGAAGUCUCGGAUUCUCAUCUGCAUCCACGUCUCCCCACGAAGAUUCUGAUCAGCAUACAUCGGAAAAACUUCGAGAUUCUGAUGAAGAAGUUGUCUCGAAGGCAAGAGAUGAAAUGAUCAAACAAUGCGAUCAAGGCGAUUUGAUAGCAUUCGGAAUGAUCCCAGAACUUGUCGGCCGAUUCCCAGUGAUUGUCCCAUUCCAUUGCCUCAAUAAAACCCAUCUGAUGUCUGUUCUGACUGAACCGAAAGGAAGUCUCGUUGCUCAGACGAAAAAGUUUUUCGAAAAUGAAAAUGUUGAGUUGAGAUUCUCUCCGGAAGCCAUCGAGAUGAUUGCUGAAAUGGCAGUGAAGAGAAAAACAGGGGCAAGAGCAUUGAAAAGUAUCGUGGAGAAAGCCGUGAUGAAUGCAAAGUACGAAGUGCCUGGUUCCGAUGUGAAGUGUGUUGAGAUUAACGACAAGAGUCUGAAGGAUCAGAGUUUCACGAUUAUUGAGAAUCGAAGUGUGAUUGGAAAAGAGAAUAAAGAAUGA